UAUAUCUGACAAAUGAUGGAGCGUCAGAAGAUCAAAGGAGAAAGAAAAAAACACAGAGGAAGUGAGUGCGUCAGGUUCUCGACUUUUGACCUUGACUUUACCUUUCCUGUUGUCACGUCCUUCUCUCACCUGUUGCAUUUCUUGACCCACAGAUCAGGUCGCCGUAAGCCUGACCGCAACUCCCCGCCCGCAGACACACAGGUCCUCGACGCCCCUGACCGCAAGUCCACAUCCCCCAGGUCAGUGCUCGUCGCCAGCUCUGCUCCAGGUCAUCCACAAAUCAUCCAGCCCAGGUCAUUGCAGGUCAGCCGGUUCUCUCCGUCAAGGCUGUUGGCUUGGCUCAGGCAGGUGCAUCCAGCAGACCUGGUGGUGUCUGCUGCUCCUUACGCCCGACGGAGCCUGGAACGUGGUGGGGGGCGCCGUUCCCCCUGCAAGACCCCUCCCUCUUCCUCCCCCGCCGUCCAACCCCCUUCCGUCACCUCCGCCUACCCCACCACCCCGAACCUGUGUGUUACGGGCGGGAAGAUCGAAUUUAUAACCCCACCAGAUUCCACCUUGUCCUCCACGGCUUCACGCUGCUCCACGCUUAAGUUGUCCCCGACGUGCACGCAACGCGAGGACGCCUGCCCGGGAUCUGGCCACUCGCCCGACCAUGCCACGCCCCCCUCGACCCUCUCCCGCAACUCAGGGUCUUCUGCGGGCUCGGACCCCGGCAAGACUGGUUGUGUAGCAGUUGAUGGGGAGGGCCAGGAGGAGCAGCGCCUGCCUGACGCAGUUCCUUCUGCAGGCUAUCGAGGAGCUUCUCAUGCACUCCUCAGGCAUAACAACAAUAACAACAACAACAACCACACCAACAAUAACUACAACAAUAACAGCAGCACCAUUAUGGAGUCUUGUCAGAAGGGGAAUGAUGACCAUCUGGUGGAGAACCUGAGAAGGGAAAAUGAAGAGGUGAAGGACCGUCUGGCCAGGCUGCAAAAUGAGUUUUCUCAACUGGAGAGGCAGGUGCAAAUGCUGGCCCUUGAGCGGCAGCAGGUAGAAGAGCAACAGAAGGCGGAGAAGGAGGCACAGGAGCAGGCUUACAUCAGCAAGCUGCAGCAGUAUCAGGCCACCAUUGCUGCCUUGGAGCAGUGCAACACUGUGCUGGCCCAGGAUCCUCCAGUGGUGUCCUCCAAGGUUGAGGAGAGGUGUCCCAUCCAGCAGGAGAACCUUGCUAGUAAUAAUUCUGUUGUUCAGAUGUUGGUUGAGCGUUGUCACACUCUGGAGCAGGCCAACAAGAGGAUGCAGAUGGAGGCGCGCACACAGCAGCAGCAAUAUGAGGUGUGUCUGGAUCGUGUAGCAACACAGGUGGUCCAGGCGCUCCUCUCACAGAAGAGUCACCAGGAGCAAUGCAUCAAGCUGGCCCAUCAGGUGCAGGAUCUUCGCCGCCAGAAUGCUGCACUCUCCUCUCUUGUGGGGCCAGCUAGCACUCGACAAACCCUUCCCUGCCACCUCCGACACCGCUGCCCCCCACCCACCAACCCACCCAGCUUUUACAGCCUUCCAACUUCCCUCUCUAAGAACAAGCAGCAGGGUGAGGCUUGGCCACCAGGGGGCUGGGUUGCCUCUUGGCAUGUAGAAGAGAGUAGCAGAAGUCACCUUGGGGACCACACCUCCUCCCAGGCAAGGUUUCAUUCCAGUCUCCAAAUGCUGUCUGAUGCAAGUAUUCCAACCUCCCUGUCUCAUGCAGAACACAACACCACAACCUCAAGCAGCGUUGAAUUGGGAGAAGAUUACUACAGUCCUCGUGACAGGCACUCCACCACCACCACUGUCACCUCGGCCAACACCUCCACAACUACUUGUUGGUAUGACAUAGUGACUUCCCUAAACUUAGCCAGUUCUCCUCAGGGUGUCUGUUCCACAAAUAGUGAACUACCAUCACUCAAUUCACGAAUGAGUGUCGGACCAAACACUUGGGGAAAUUCAGAAAACAUUGUGGCUGGAACUCGGAGAGCAAGCACGAGCAGCAGCAACUCUGACUCUCCUGUUCAGUCGGCAUACACUCAACAAGAUCCAUUCUCAAGUGAAAGUGGAGUUGGUUGCCUUCCAGAUCUUGGCUGUGAAAAGCCUCAAGACACUAGAACUUUUUUGUCUCCUCCUGCUAGUGACUCGAGUGUUAGCAAAUUUUCACCUCUGUCCCUUGAAUCUACUGCCACCUGUCUAAGCAAUUCAGAAGAACAAAAAAACUGUCAGGCAUUUCAAGCAAAAGUUGAUAACCUUGCCUUUGAUGAAUCAAAGAUAAAAGUUGUCCAGAAUGAAAAUAUUGUCAAUGUGCCUCCACUUGAGAGGAAUGCUAAUCUGAUUAGUAAUGCAACAAAAGAUGAAAUGUCAAGUAUACUUCAGGUCAAAGAAAGAAUAUUAAAGACAUUGACGGAAACAGCUUCUGGCAACUUACAUCUUGACCUGUCAGCUUUGACAUGUGAGGACAAAAGCAAACUGGUACUCAACAAAAAUAUAUCUAGGGUUUGCUUGAAACCAGGUGGUGAGAACAGCCUUAGCGAGGAAGGCGUGGAGGUAACUACCAAGGAUGAGGGCUAUUCCACCAUGUCCAGUGAUGUGCAAGCUGAGGUGAAGGACAGUGUCACCACCUGCUCUGUCACCACCGUCCAGGAAGAGCCCCACCCAGCAGCCACCACCCCAACACAACCCAGUGAACAGCCUGUGGACACAGAAGACAAGGAGAGCUCAUCCAGAAAAGGCUCAAGUGAAACUGUUUCUAAAUCAAGUGACAAAACUGUAGUAGUCAAGGAGAGAAAAAUAUCAUCUGCAGCUAACACCGAGUACUGUGAUGGGCUUCGUGUUAUAUAUGAUGAGGAAGACAAUAAUUCUGAUGUCUUUUUUAUUCCAAUUCAGGAACCAGAAAAUGAAAGUUUGUACCGAAAUUCAUACCAGAAACCUUCAUGCCCACAGAGCACUAAACCCUUACGAAGUUAUUCUGAUUCUCAGCUUUAUUUGGCCAGGAGAACUGCUCAAAGUUGUAAGCCUAUUCGUAGCCUAGAUAGACAUGUGUCUGAAAAAGAUGUCACAGAACGGUCACCCUCCACAGAAGAAGUAUUGGAAGAAGCAAAGAACACUAGGAGCUUAAAACGAUCUGGUGGACAAGCUAGUCUGAAGCGCAACUAUAUUCAUGCUAAAGAGGAUCAUACUACAUCAGGUAGUAGUGAGGACCUGUGGCCUUCUGAGGAUCAUCAUAGGAAGUAUCUUUCACCAACAUAUAGUCAUGCUGAACUGGAAGACUGGUCCUUGGACCUUUCAUCAGAGCAUUUGAGUGGAGUGUGUGGUGAAGGUGAGGGGAGUGAGAGUGUGGCCACAAGUGGAGCCCAUCAUGGCUCACUGCCCUCCAUCCAAGAGGCUACUCCAGACCUGGAAGAAGAUAACAAUGAGUUCCUCUGGAAUGGUGCUACCUAUUUUAAAGCUGAUUUAGAUUUAAACUGGUCAAGUAAAAAGGAAUUAACUAAGAGUUGGCAACUUGAUCACUGUAAAGAAAACAACAUAAUCAUGUCACCACGGUCAGGUUGUUCUGACCAGCCAGCCAUCUGGUCUAGCAGUGAACAACUUUCAUGCUGCUCUGAAGGAGUAUCAAAGUGUAGCUCAGAUUUUGAAAACUUUUGUGAGCAAAUCUGCAAUCUUCCAGAGUUGAAGAGAGUUUCCUUCUGUAGUAGUGAAGCUGGAGGACAAGAGCUUUCCAAAGGAGCCAGCCAAGACACCUCUAGUGUGGGAGAACAUGAAGAUGAGCUUGCAGAUGAAAUGUGUGUUGAUACUGUGUUCACAAGAGAUUUUUAUCGUCUUGUGAAAUUUGAGAGUAAUAAAAGCCUUGCUGCCUCAUCAAAAAGUUUAGCCCCUUCAGAGGGACCUUUAACAAAAGAAAAGAUUCAAGACCUUGAGGCAGGAGGAACACACAGGGAGGCUCUUGCCUCAGUUCUUGGAUUUAUCGCAGAGCAGAGGAAGUAUUGCAAGGACAGAGAAGCACAAGAUGAAAAGGUCACUAGUCCAUCAUCAGAGGUCUUAAGAUUAACACAGGUACUUGAAGGCUCAAACGCUGCAUUGUUUCGUGGAACUUUUCCAAAGAUAUCACCAAGAGAAAGUUCAAGUAAUUCAUGUUCUGCUGAUGAAUUCUCCAUGAAAACUUUGCCUUCAUAUAAUUCUGGAGAUGGAAAAAGCAAAUCUGGUCCACCAGUUCCUUUUAAACCAAGAGGGAAUCCUCUUCAUGAUACAGCAAGAGGUGCUUCUUUCAGUAACUCGAUUCCUGCCAGACACCCCUCAGUCACCACACCCACAUCCCUCCCAGCUGUGCCACCUCCCACCCUCCCUGUCUUGCCGCCGCCCACCUCAAAGCCAUUGCCCUCUGUGCCUUCCCGGUCAUCUAGUUUGGCCUCCUCUCAGGUUAAUCCUGCUAAUGAUGUGGAGUUUCCAUGUUCUCAUGUCCCAAAGGGAUCCCUCAGGAUUGUAUCUCAUAUUCCCUGUACAAAUUCUGUUGCAGAGAAUCCUGCUUGUGGAACCACAAACCUAUAUGAACUUCCCCCUCCAGUACCUGACCGAAACUGUAGAGAUGGAGUUCCUCUAUCAGUAGUAGAUUGUCCUCCAGUGCCCUGCAGAUCAACUAGUAUGGCUUUCUCGAAUAUUUUACCAGUGCCAGAGCACAAGAUUCCAAUAACAGAAAAUGCCUGUAAUGUUUUACCAGUGCCAGAGCACAGGGUUUCAUUAACAGAGUCCCCACCUGUUCCAAAACGUAUAACUAGCAGAGCCCUUCCCACACCCCCAAUGUCCUCAAGCUCUCAGGUACAGAAACAGCACAGUUCUAAUGGCUCCAGCAAACCCCAAGGAGGUAGUUUAGAAGGAAAGAGACGUAGUUUCAUCAGAGAAACCUUAGGGUUGUCUAGUCCCAGAAGACCUCAGAGUGACUAUUGCGAACUACCAAGCUUGAGUGAGAAUCCCAGUGGAAUGCUGAAGCAGCUGCAGCGCAUGGCCCAGGUGGAGGAGGAAGAAGAGAAGAAAAAGAAGUUGAAGCCUGGAGGACAUGUUGGGGUGGAAGCAGUCAGUCCUGGAGACACCGUUGGCUUGGGCACUGGUUGGGUCAGGGUGCAACCUCACAUUGACCUUCAAGACCCACAGGCUCGUGCCAACCUGUUGGAUGGGAUGAUGGAGUCUAGUGAAGGGUGUAGCUCAGAGACAGAGGAAGAGGAAACCUCAACCCACCGGUACCAUGAGCUACGCCUGAUGCACCGCAGUCGACGUAAGAGAAAGGCAUCACAUCGUAGUGGUGGGGAUCGCAUUGUGCUGGCUGGAGCCGUGCCCCGCCCCUCAGUUAUUGGCCGAAGAGACUUGUUUCUACGCUUUGGAGACAAAGAAAAAGAAGCUCUUCAGGAAUUUGCCUUUUUGGGUAACUUCUCAACAUCUCAUUCUGACUUAGAUUCCCAGGACCUCAGUACAGCUUCAGGUAGUGCAGCAUCCACAGCUUGCAUUACCUCCACUACCACCAACAUCACCACUACCACAGCCACUACUACCACUAGUUCCACUCCUGUUUCAGUGUUGCCUAUCACAACCCGAAAUGCUGGUGCUGUUUUGCCUAAAGUAGAUAGUAAUUCAUACAAGAAAAGUUUUAAACAUGACUCUUUAAAACUAAGGAAAGAGAGUAAUAAAUCCCACCCUGCUGUGUUAUGUGAGGAAGGUGAUCAAGGGGGUGUGGACACUCGCAGUAUUUCUAGUGUCAAGAAUACAGUGCGUCAGCUCAAUAAGAUGAAUCAUAUCUCAGGAAUCAAAGAACCUGCCACUACUAUGCCUAUCAGCCCAGCUAAAAGUGCUUCCAGUACAAGCAGUAAUAAAUCCAAUCUCCAGAAAUAUGGUUCCCUAGUCAGUACAAACAUACCCAAACAUGCCCCUGUCAAGAGUAAAGGCAGUGAAGGAAGUGUCAGUGGAGCCUUGAAGUGUAGUGUGAGACAAGGGAAUGCACCAUCCAGUAGAACACCCUCACCUCAAUUCUCUGUGAAAGACAGCAAAAGUAUUAGUCAUAAAUCACAUAGUGGUUCUUUUAACAAUAAUGAUAAAUCUCAAAGUGACAAUGCAAAGGCUGGUUCUCCAACACGUAUCCCUCGUAUCCAGACAUCAUCUGUCAUGUCUUCCAAAAGCUCAAAAGCUGAAUCUCCAAAAUUAUCAAAAGAUAUUAGUAAAGAUACUGAAUCUACAAAAAAACUGAAACAACAGUGUGAGAAGGCACUGCCACCCAAAGGCUUUUCGAGCAGGAUUGUGAAGCCCGCCUCUCGCAUUCGUCCAUCCCUCCAGCAGCGUCCUCCACCUCAACAUCCUCAGCAGCAGGCUAGCAAAAUAUGCAUAAGGAGUCCAAGAUUAGCCAGACUAAAGAAAAGCUCAGAUCCACUGGACUCUUUCAGCAACAAGUCGCUGUGUGACAGUGGAUCGAGUGAAGGCUCCGAGCGCUGUGGAGGGAGACUUUCUCUCAGUGACUCGUGUGCUGAAAACUUCUCUCCAAUUGAUAGUGGAGAUGAAGUUUUCCAUAAAGAGUGCUAGCCAGCUUAUCAGCUUCAUACUAGAGCUUCAUCAUGUGAUGCCAUUAUAUUCCGCCAGAUAUGGUGCUUUGGGGGUCUUCAUGACGGGAACACUGUUUUCAACACUAGCACUGUGCAUGUUUGCUGUCAGUAACUUUUGUUGAAUUAUUUGGGCUUAUUUAUUUUUAACUUAUUUACUAUAUUCAAAUAUCUGUCUGUGGGUGAGCACAUUCCAACUAUAUGUGACCAUGACAAUAAGUGAUGUUAAAUUGCAUUUAAUGUUUAUAAUUUGACCAGUGUCAUUUUGAUAUGUCAUAUCUGUGGUCUUCCACUCUCUUUACCACACUGCUGUGUAAUGCAACAAUGGCUUCUUACAUAAUGCAAGAAUUUUUAUACAAUGGAGUUCAUUAAUGGCUACAUGGAACAGGUCACUGUAGUAUGUGUAUGAGAUUAACAGAUUGAGUGGUGUUAUGAGAAGCUGUAUUUUAGCAGCUGGAGCAUUGCUAGUCACUACCAAGUUAGGGCACCUAGGUAGGGUUAGAGGGACACUAAGUGUUUGUGUCUCUUGAUGGUUUAUGCAUUUAUGCAAUAACUGACCAUUAUAUGCAUUUUAACUACCUUGAUAAACUUGAAUCCUUGAAUAUUUAAUACAGACUACAAGGGAUGGAUGGUUAAGUUAAAUGAUAUGAAACUUUGUGUACUAGGGUCCAUAUUUUGUCUAGGUACUGUACUGACAUAUCUAUCUAUAUCAUUAUUAUGUUCAGCAUUUUGUUGACAAACUUGAAACAGUAGAGCCUAAUAAGUAUUAUCCUAGGGGAGAAAAGUUUUUGUUUUCUAUCAUUACCUUAGACAUUUUUGUUUUACUUUUGUUGAUUUUUUUUUUAUCUAAUUAGAAUAUUCACUUGAGUGGGGAAGGCCAAAAUAUAUUUACUGGACACAAGUUAAUAAUUUAGAAAUAUAAUUUAAUACCUUCACCACUAUGGUCAUGUUUCUCCUAUUCCGUACAUCAUAUAUAAUUCCUGUAUUAUAAAUUUUGUGCAAUAAAUAUUUUUAUAUUGCCUUGUCUUUGUAUUUUACACAUCUGCCAUAGCAGCAUCAAUAAUACAAAGACCAUUAUAAUUGUUUAUAAUAUAUUUUGUAAGAUGUAUAAAGUAUAUGGAUGUGUCCAGGAAGAUGCAUUCAAACCCCAGGGAGCAACAUGCAUACAUGAAUUGUUGUCACUUUCAUGUCCAUACACACAGCAUCAUUACAUGUAUGAUUUGUUUACUAAUGAGUGGAUGACAAGGUGUGACCACCACCCUCUCAAGUAGUGUAUAAAUAUUUUCACUGUGAUUCACAUCCUCAAAGGUAGAUCUCAAUCCUAUACAGUGUUAAAAGAUAUGCGUUUCAUAUGUAAUUAAUUGUUGUAUAAUAGUAGGGGAAACCUUGUAAAUAAAUUUUGUAGUUUCUUAAUUCUUACAUCAAUAUAACCAACAUUUCUGC